CGGCUACCUGCCCGUGUGGUUUCCACUACAAACCCUUCCGCAUUUUCCUGCCGCUCUCGGGCUGUGACGUGUUGUGCUGACGGCGGCCUCGGCACUUGGAUGAGCGGGGGGCUGUAGCAUGACAAGAUCAGGCUCCAGACGUCCUGCUUUGCAUUGAGUGAAGCUCGAGAAACAUCCCUUCCAGACCCCUCCUUCUCGGCUCCUCCGCGGCCCGCCCAAAUAACACCAAAUUCCCGAUUGAAUCUAGCCUGAGUCUGGGUGGGGGGGAACCAGGCGGCCUGGGAAGCCGAGGAGUGGACGGAGGCCAUCCCUGCUGCAUAAAUCUGCUCUCCAGUAACAAAUGCAGUGCAAGGACAAUGGAUGAGGAUGUCACCAGGCUUCCAAUACAUUCUGAAGAGCCUAAAAUAAUAUUACACGGAUCGGAUGAGGGUGGUGCCGGCGGGCAGGAGUUUGUUGUGGAGCUUCAAGAGACUGUGUUGGUGUCAGAGGGCGAGGGUGAAGGCAUGGCGGUGCACAGGUUUGCCCCAGACGAGCUAGUCAUCCAGGAUGCUGUUGAGGAUGUGGUAUCUGAGUAUGUGCACUGCGAUGAAGAUGAAGAUGUCGCUGUAGAAACCUGCGUGAUGGCCUUGGACGGUGAGGAGGAAGGCGUCGCCAUGGGUGACAUCCCCGAAGACGGCCUCGACGCCGAGCAGCAAGACGAUGACCAGGAUGGCUGUGGAGAUUAUCUGAUGAUAUCCUUAGACGAAGCUGGUAAAAUGGUGUCUGAGGAUGGCACAGAGGUAACCGUGGAAGGAGCUGUAGAGGACCAAGAAGUGGAGAAAGACGAGGAUGGACAAGAAGUGAUCAAGGUGUACAUCUUCAAGGCUGACUCUGGAGAGGACGACAUGGGAGAAUCCGUUGACAUCAGUGAUGGGGACAUGGAGAAUGUGGCGCUGACGGAGUCUUCAGGCCAAACACUUCGAGAGAAGAUGGUUUACAUGUCUGUAGGUGAUUCUCAUCACCAAGGAAACCACAGUGUGGAGGAUAGCGAGAGCUGCGAAAACGGAAACGGAGCAGCGAGUGCACUUCUGCACAUCGACGAAUCGGACGGUGUUGACGAAGUCGGCCGACAGCGCAACAAGACCAAGCGACGAUCUGAACCUCGACAAGUCCAAACAGCCAUCAUCAUUGGUCCAUAUGGUCAACCUCUGACGGUAUAUCCCUGCAUGCUCUGCGGCAAAAAGUUCAAAUCGCGAGGCUUCCUGAAACGGCACACCAAGAAUCACCAUCAGGAGGUUCUGACCAGGAAAAAGUACCAAUGCACCGACUGUGACUUCACCACCAACAAGAAAGCCAGCCUCCACAACCACAUGGAGGUACAUGCUCUGAGCAGCAAGGCCCCCUUCGAGUGCGAAAUGUGCGGCAAGGAGUUCCACCAGCAGUCAGCGCUGUUCUCCCACAGACUGCAGCACCACCACCGGGAGCCCAAGAGUCAGGUGCCGGCACCCGCCAAGACGCACAAAUGCAAGUUCUGUGAUUACGAAACUGCCGAGCAAGGACUGCUCAACAGACACUUGUUAGCCGUUCACAGCAAAAGCUUCCCUCACAUCUGUGUGGAAUGUGGGAAAGGCUUCCGCCACCCAUCGGAGUUGAAGAAACACAUGCGCACGCACACAGGUGAGAAGCCUUACUCCUGCAUGUACUGCGACUACAAGUCUGCCGACUCGUCCAACCUCAAGACUCACAUCAAGACAAAGCAUAGCAAGGAGAUGCCAUACAAGUGUGAGCGCUGUUUCCAGACGUUUGCAGAGGAGGAGGAACUGAACCAGCAUGCACUCACGCACGAGGAGAAUAAGACCCACCAUUGUGCUCACUGUGACCACAAAAGUUCCAACUCCAGUGAUCUUAAACGCCAUAUCAUAUCUGUGCACACCAAGGACUACCCGCACAAAUGUGCUGUGUGUGGCAAAGGCUUCCACCGGCCGUCGGAACUGAAGAAGCACUCUGUCGCCCAUCGCACCAAGAAACUCCACCAGUGCCGACACUGCAACUUCAAAAACGCUGACCCUUUUGUCCUCAGCCGCCAUAUCUUGUCCGUGCACACCAAGGAGCAGCAGCAGGCCUCCCCUGAAAUGAGUGAGGACAAAAGGACAGAGACACACGCUCCUGUGGCGACCCCUAAAAAGUCUGCAUCGAGUGGCUCAGCUGGCUCUGGCCCGCCCACUAGAGUGAGUGCAGCCAGCUUAGCGAGUAGCGUGACUGUGGUUAUUGGCAAAGGACAAAAAGAACGUAGAAUCUACCAGUGCCAGUACUGUGACUACAGCACGGGGGACGCAUCGGGAUUCAAGCGACACGUUAUUUCUAUCCACACAAAGGACUACCCGCACCGCUGCGAGAUCUGUUCUAAAGGCUUCCGGCGACCAUCAGAAAAGAACCAGCAUAUCUUGCGCCACCACAAAGAUGUGGUCCAGGCAGAGUGAUAAGACUGUGACCAUCACACCCAAGCCACUGCACCACUCAACAUAACCAUAUGGCGCUUAUGCUGCACUUAGCCUGUCCUCUUGUUUACUUCUCUUUUACAUCCUCUUUGUCUCUCCACAUGUAUACACAUGUACAUAACACAACGCUCUUGGGGAGCAGCAGAACUCUCUGAAGACUUGCACUUUUAACUGCAUUCUCCAUGCUGAGGGACAGUUUGCAUGGCAGGUAGUGCAAAUGUCUGUUUUUCUAAUAUUUUGCAGACCACAACCACACAAUCUUGAAAACUGAAGUCUCCAAGUUUGGAUAUACUAGACAGAUCAGUGAGAAUUAGGAGCAUGUAUUUGUCGUAGCACUAGACAACCCAGUAAAGUUGAAUGCAAUUACCUUAAGGUGGAUGCUAAUUAUGUACAAGUGCCAUCAAAAGCAUAUCUUGUGCUUCCUGGUGCUCAAACCGCCACCUCUCUGUAACAUAUUGUGACAAAAUACACAAGCCCUCGUGUGUACAUCACACAGAGGGGCGACAAUCUAUUUACACUUUUACAACCAUGGACGUAAAGUGAAGAAUUCACAUAAUGAGUUAAUGUGAUGCUCUCAAAUUUUUUUCUUAGAAUCAAGCAACUGAUAAUAUUUUCUGCCAGGAAGGGAAACCCCUCAUAGAUUCAAAAAGCAAAAGUUUGUCUUGUUUUCAUGUUACAUCAAACAUUUUUGUCUGAAUGUCAUGAACAAACUUGUUUUCUUAUAAAUAGAAAUAUGUUAGACUGAAGUAACAACCUAAUUGAUAUCUGCUGGCUAAAAAUACCCUUAUAUCAGUGUCCUUAUUUAAACCGUGGCACCACUAGGAUCCAUUGAAACUAUGUGGCGCGCCGAUAAACCGAAGUCUGCUUUUACCAACACACACUGUUUAUGCCAGAAGGGAAAAAAUGUAAAUGUUUUAGAACUGCAGAAGACAGGUGCUGGUGUACUUUUUUUGUACAUUUUUCUUCAUUUUUUCCCCAUCUGUGAUUGUUUUCAAAAUAUUUAUUUCAUUUACAAGUUGUUGUAUAGUUGUUUAACUAGACUUCUAUGGGACGUAAAUUAUUGUUUUGUAUACAAAUCUGUACAAAGCGUGUAGCUGUAAACACGAUGAAAGUGAGUGUUGUUUUGGAUGUAUGUCACUGUAUUUGUUAAAAAAAAGGUAAUAAAAAAAGUAUUUCAGCUGU